GGACCCGGACGGCGCGCGGGCGGCGGGCAGGGAGGGCGGCCGGCGGGCAGCGGCCCCGGCCCCGCCGCGCGCACCGCCAUGGUGGGCCGGCUGAGCCUGCAGGAUGUGCCCGAGCUCGUGGACGCGAAGAAGAAGGGCGACGGCGUCCUGGACAGUCCGGACUCGGGGCUGCCCCCCAGCCCGAGCCCCAGCCACUGGGCGCUCGCGGCGGCCGGGGGCGGCGGCGGCGGGGAGCGGGCGCCGGCCCCCGGGGCGCUGGAGCCCGACGCGGCGGCCACCCCCGCGGCCCCGAAUCCAGCUUCUCUCCCCAACGCCCUGGGCUCUGGCUGCUCACCAAGGUUAUGCCCCCUGUCGUUUGGCGAAGGAGUGGAGUUUGACCCCUUACCACCGACGGAAGUAAGGUACACGUCCUCCGUCAAGUAUGACUCAGAGCGACACUUCAUCGACGACGUCCACCUGCCCCUGGGCCUGGCGGUGGCCUCCUGCAGCCAGACCAUCACCUGCAUACCCAGUUGCACAUGGCGCAACUACAAGGCUGAGGUGCGCUUUGAGCCGCGCCACAAGCCUGCCCGCUUUCUCAGCACCACCAUCGUCUACCCCAAGUACCCCAAGACCGUCUACACCACCACCCUGGAUUACAACUGCCGCAAGACACAGAGGAGGUUCCUGUCCAGCGUGGAGCUCGAAGCCAUGGAGCUCGUGGGCGGCGAUUACCUGUCGGAGGAGAGCUGACUGGAGCAGGCCAGGGGGCUGGCCCGGCUUUCCUGCCCAGGUUGGCUUGGGCCAGGCUGCCCUUGUGUGUCAUUCCAGCCCCAGAAGAGUCUAACCCAGAGAUACCUCUAAGCCUAGCCUGGGGAAUAAAAAAAAAAAAAAAAAAAGUCACAACAUCUUCUAAUUAUUGAAAGAAUUUGAUUUUUCACAGUUUUUUCCAAUUGUUUUUAAAAGGAGUGUGUUUCCUAGUUUGCUGCUACGUAGCUUCCCCGAAAUCUCAAUUUGAUGAGAAAAUAAAAGGAUGGCUAGAGCAAAAGGAAAAUGGCCACAUUUUGAAAUAGGGAAGAGGGGAGCGCUCUUCUUCCAUUGGUCAGUUUGUCUGAGGAAGAGCGUGGAAAAAAUCUCUGAGAUGGAAAAAGUGAGUUGGAAGGACUUUCUGCCCCGGUGUCUUCACUGCUACGAAAGUGGUGCUAAUUCAGUGAGCUGUGACACCCAUAUGGGUUCAAUCUGUGGAGAGUUGAGUUCCAUUCUGGUUUUUUAAAUUUCCAUUUGUAUUUCCUGUUAACCAAAACUCUUGGAAUUCUCUAAAUCUUUUUUGUGAUAUCAAAAAACCCCAAACCACAACAUAAGAUGCCUUUCAAAAAAAAGAAAGAGAGGAAGGAAGGAAGGAAGGGAGAGGCAGGAAGGAAGGAAGGAAGGUGUUCACCCUGUUCUUGCCUCUAGAGCGGGGUCAGAUCAACUGGUGGCUGAGUCUGGGGACAACAGCUUGGUUCUGGUUCCUUCCACGGGUGGGUUCCAAGCUCGGGCUCUGGCGAAGCGCCUUGAACCCCUGGCAUCUGGUAAUGUCUCCACAGGCUUGUGUAACUCUCCUGAUAUGUAUUUUGGGGUUUCCAAAUACUUUCCUAGUUAUUUCAUAAGGCGAAACAUAGCAGAGGGUCCUUUGGAGAGAAAUGGCAUUUUGAAAGAAUGCUUAGGGAAAACACUUCUGGGGGAGUCCACAGGGGGCGUUUCACUCACAGUGGGAGCCGACGGUCACACCUAGGAUUGACACCCCCAGGGAGGAGGUGGACACAGAUGUUUCUGGUGAUCUGGUUCAUCAGGGUCGGCGUCCUUUCCAGUGACCUUGGGCCAACACUGCGGAGGAAUUCUGCUGGUGCCUGAGGUCUGAGCGAAAAAGCAAGGAAAUCCACCUCCCUGCCUCCAGCCAAGGGAAGCAAAGGAGAAUUGAGCACAUGGAAUGAUGCCACAAGUCAGGCUCCAAAACCUGGGCGCUGGGGUGACCGUACACGUCUAAGCGUUCAUUUUAGUGUGACAAUCAUGGCGUUGCGUGUGACUGGAAGAAACUGUGAAUUCAGCUGAACGGGCCGCAGAAGCAGGGACACAGGCUGGGCCAGGUCAGGAGGGCGCGGAGGCCAGGCUGCCUCUGGCCUUCAGCCUCCUGCCCGCCCUGCCUCACGCGGCCCGUACUUCUUUCUCCUGCCGAUCCCUGUGGAUUUUGAGUAAAGAAGGUGGCAGGUGGCUUUUGCUCUUUUGAUAUCAGAGAGAACAAAACCGUGGGUAUUUCCUUUGAAUGCAUCCAAGUUAUGUCAAGUGCUUGGGGCUUGCAGAGUCCUGGAAGCUCGGACUCCCGCUGUAUCUCCGGGUUUGUGCUGAUGGCUUCCAUCUGUCCUGAAAGCAGAAUUGAGAGUUCUCUGGGUACUCUGGAGCCACAGCAGGGACUUUUGUUCUGAGGAGAGCAGGUGUGAUGAUAAUCACUGUCAUUUAAAGUCAUCAGAGGCCUAGAGGGCCAAAUGGUCUGCUGUCCUCUUGAGGUUGAAUAGUGUUUAGUCUGUCGUGCACCUGGUUGGAAGCAUCCCUUCCGUGGAGCCUGCGAUCAGCUCCACGGUCCCGAGUUUGCCAGCGUGAAGCUCAGCAGGGACCCCUCGAGGGGUCACUCCAAGACCCCAUAGUCUCCUGUCUUCAUGCAGAGCAGCCUCCUGCGUUUGGAAGAGUAAAUUACGCAGCAUUUGUUGAUUAAAAAUGGGUUUUUCUCUCUGAUUUCAUAAUCUUGUCAUUUAAGACAAGUGGUAAAUAUGAUUUUUAAACUAUGGUAAGAGAAUUCCCAAGGUUUUGCUCUGGCCCAAUGGAGACACUUGAUGAGCCCAGGUCAAUGUCAUGGGCAGCUCGGCCAGAGAGACGAGGGGUAGAGAAUGCGGCCUUUAAACAGCCCCGUGCUGAGAUGCACGUAUGAGAUUUUUUGAUAUGAAAUAUAUCAGUAAAGUAAGUAGAAGUGAGCGACUGCACAUGUGUCAUGGGAAUGGAAAAGCAGAUUUUGUUUUAAGUUAUUCACUAGGGACCAAACUGUAGUUCUCUCAAAUCCUGUCUUUUUCUCCAAAUCUGCGUUGCUGAAAGUUGCAGAAAAGGAAGCAUGUGAAGACGUAAGGGAACACGUCAGGGUGGAUAGCAUGUUGUCGAUCCGUGGUGGAUUCAUGUUAGUUUGCAAGGUGGAAGCAAUGAUUUUUAAAACCCACUGAUUGAAAACAAACAUUCCUAAGGGAGUCUGGGAAAUACCGUUUACUUAUGAGUUAAAAAGUCUUUUUUCUCAGAUUCUUAAAUUAUGUCUUUCAUGUAAUAAGGAUGAUUUGUAUUUUCAGAGAAAAGUUUUCUUUUGAAAUCACAGACCUUUAA